GAGCAGAAAAAAAGCCUCCCAGUUUAUCUUUGAAGUAUUGGAGAGCAUUUUUCCAACAUUCACAUUUUUGCAAAUUUUAUCAUUGGCAACAAAUACUGUAAGUUUUUCUUGAAGUAUCAGGCUCACUUUGUUCGUUUUUGGGGAAAUGUAGGUCAAAUACAGAAGUCCAAGCAACCAUAGUUUGUCAGUUGUCUUUUUGAGUAAAAAUGAAGUUCCAUGAAAAACGUGGCUAGUUCAGCUCACAGUGCAGCUCCCAAAGCACAACUUGAUUUUCAAGACAAACAUGGUACUUUGUUACGCUGCAGAAAUGCUUUAUGCAUGCUUCCCAUGUCAUCCCAGAUUUCUUAUUAAUAAGAUGUACCCAGAACUCGUUAGGGUCUUAUUAGUAGUUUACAUAAGAUGUACAUAGAAUCUUCUUGAAAUAACUUAUAUUUUAGCCUGAAUUACGUCUUCGGACAAAAUUCCCCUAGGACUAAAACAUGUGUUGUAUAAGAGUGUACUUUUUAUUGAUCCUAAGUAAAUGUUUCAAAUUUCUUCUAUUAAAAAGUCCCUAUUAAUCCUAUCCACAUAUACCUGUGUAGUAGACAUCAAUUAUAUUUCCUUACCUUUUACACCCAGAGACCUGUUUUGGUUACAUGCCUUCUCCCAGGUAAUCCUUUUUCUUGUUAGUUACUCUUAGUCUUCUACACCUGUACUCAUCCCUCCCUUUCUUCCUUCUGAGCAGAGAGUACCCCUUAGCUGUAGACAGUGUAAUCUGUUUUGUUUCCAAUGUUUUCUCAUAUUGCUAAACAAUUUUUUGGCCAUUUGGUUCUUAAUAUGCAGUGAGAUCCAUCAAACUCAAAGCUCAUUAGUUUAAGAAUAGUUUGAAAUAUUUUCCUUGAAAUUUACAGGGAUAGUCUUUACACUGUGAACUACAGUACGAGGGAGACAGGUCUGCAGACACGCAGCCCUGCAGGAAGUCCUGGACAGACUGCCCUGGGCCUCCCGGCAGUCAGGAGCCACUAACUGUUUCUUGUUCUGUAUGGUGACAAAAUGAGUGCCGCUUCCCUCCAAGGCCUUGACCUGACUGGGGUGAGAGGGAAUUCCGUUCCCUGUGAAACAAGUUUCUGGUCUAACUUCCAACACAGAUAGUUAUUUUCCUGCUCUAGUAUCACAGGAGAAGAGAAGCUGACUUGCAGAUUCAUUCGGCAGACCUGAAGGGAGCACAUCAGAUAGACUAGACCUCGCCGGAGGCACGGGAGGCAGGUGACUAAGCCGCGGUCCCUUCCCUCCCGCUGCAGUGGGGUGAGCUCCCCGGAAGAGCUGCAAGUCCUUGGAGAACACACCCGGCCAUGUGAGGGCUGGGUGAGGACUUCAAGGGGAGGUGGUGUUUGGAAGGCCGCUGAGGAUGGAUGGGAUUCGUUUGGACUGAGCAAAGGGAUUCCAGUCAGAGGGAAGAGCAUGAGCAGAGAUGUCCAGAAAACGGGAGUCCUUCCAUCCGGCUACCACUUAGGGCGUGAGGUAGCAGAUGGCCAGACUGGGAAAAGUUGGGGGCUUUCUGUCUCUGCCGGGUAUUCUGGUGCUUGAGGUCCCUAAAAUUCCUGAUAGGAAACUGGUGUGGGCGCACACGGCUUUUCUGAGCUGUCGCUGAUUAAGAACGGUGUCGAGGUGCCUGUAAUCGGGGGUGAUAUGUGGGGGAGAUUGCACAGCUCCCUUUGUAGAGGGCAUUUCACUGUCCGUUUGACUCACCAGAGACCCUGACCUUUCCUGGACAAGCCAACAGGCCAAUUUCUCCUUUGAGCAGAGGUGGAAUCUGGUCAGGUCACUUUGGCCUGAAUUCCUCUGGCCCUUUGAGGAAUGACCCGUCCAAGUGCUUUGUUGUUUGGGCCUCUGGGGAAUCUGAGCUCUGCUGGGGUGUCUGGUGGUGGGGAUGGGCCAUCAGGGUUCGGGUUUUUUGUGCAGACAUAGUGUUGGAGGAGAGGGUGCUUAGUUAAGUCCUUGCUCAUGCCCACCCCCACAUUUUUGCGGGGUCUCUUUGCUAGUCGCUCAGAAGGAAGUCAAAUGCCCUGCAGCCCUCUUACCAUAGCCCUUGAGCCUCCGGCCCUAGUUUGCCAAGCCUUCUUGUGUUCUUUUCAAGCUGUUAUAAUUUGCUUUGCUGGCCACACAUCCUGUGCUAAAAUUUUUGUCCUGCGUAUAGCAGGAAACAUCAGAAGUUUUGAGAAGGGGACUGAGGCAAUCCUUUGCUUUAGAGCACUCCUAGCAUGGAGUACAGGUCACAGAGGCAGGACCGGAGGCAGGGAGACCCAGUAGAAAGCUAGUUCAGUAGCUCAGACAACAAGAUUAGAACCUGCCCAAGGAGGCAGUAGGGGCCAGGGCAGCACCGAGAGGCUGUGAGCAGUGAGAGUGAAGGAAGGGGGGUGCUCUGGGACACUGCCCGUAUUCUAGCUCAGAUCGUAGGUGGCUGGUAAUGGGGAACACAGAAAGGCACAUGCUUUGAGGGGCUACUUUGGUUUCAGAGCCAUUGUGUUGGAUGUCCAUGGGGUAUCCAGGAAGAACUUGUGAGUAGGAAGGCGGAUGAAAAGAAGGGCUUGGAACCCAGGAGGAAAGGUCUAACGGGACAGAGAUGGGUGGGUGUCUUCUGCACGUAAUUCAUUUCCCUCCCAACACAGCUGAGUGAUGAAACUGACUUCUGUCAGCAGAAAUGACUCCCUAAGUUACCCUUCAACGUGGGAUUGUAGGGUUAAAUUGGGAUAUUGAGGAGGCCCAAGUGUAGUUGGAAAAACUUCCCAUGAGGUGCUGUCAUUCCUGGUCCCAAAUGGGAGUUGACACCAUGGAAAGUUCAGGUGGCCACGAAAGGAGGCUUGUGGAGACUGAAGAGAAGGGGAAAUUUAACAGGUUUAGGGAAAAUGGAGAAGCAGGCAGAGGAAGGAGGGCAAGACCAUGCGAGGAAAGAGAGGGCACAUUGUGACUAAAAGGAUGAAUGAAGAAGGUCGCCGAGGCAGGUGCUGCAGGAGAGCCCCGUUCUCUGGGCUGUGCCGAGCUCUGCGGCCCUGGCCCACCCAGCAGAGGGCUGGGCCUGCUCCCCCGCAGGGCCCCGCCAUCCACACCACCUAGUGGCUCCUUGUCCCUUUCGCGCCUGCUGUCCACAGUUGGCUUAACCUCGGGGACGGUGUGGAGAUGGGGGGCUGCUGUGCGGCUGUGGAGGGGGCACACCGCCAGUACGCCCCCUGGAGCUGGGCUUCCUGGGCCGCGUCCAGGCAUGAGCAGGGAGAGCCCGGUGGGCUUCUCUGCUGCUCCGCCGGCGCUGUCCUCCCUGUCAGCCUGCUGCCGUGGACCGAGUGGCUCCCGUCGCCACUGCCUGGGACUGCAGGUGCCACUUUGACCAGAGCGGCCUGUCCCUGCUCUGUCCUUCACUCUGCUCUCACUGUCCUCUGAAUCAGUUUUUCUUCUUAAUUCCUGAAACACAGUGAUUUAAUAUUUAAAAUACCUUUUCUUUCCAUCUCUGCCUUUUGUCAGAAUAAUAACACAGAAUAAUCCAGAGGUAAGGAUUGUGGUUUGCGUGGAAGAUCUGGUACACUGAAGACUGAAAGUAGGUUUUCUGAGGAUGCUCGUAGCAUGCCUUUGGAAAAUUAAAAGUUGAUCCCAAUUAACAGUAGAUCUUCUUACCUCAUGUCUUGGGCCACUGGAGAACUUCAGAGAGCACCCCAAUUUCAUUGUCAUCUGGAAUGUAAAUCUUCUAAAUGGACCUCGGUUUGCUGUCUCACAGACAGACUUUUUUCAGUCCCAGCAAAAUUUGGCAAAGUUUUGUUUAAAGGUCCAGCAAAUACUGUCCUCACUUAAAAUAGAAAAGAUAGCUUGAAGGAUGUUUGUCAAUAGUUACGUUUUUGGCUAUGGUUGCACAGCAAAAUGUUUAGGAAAAAUAGUAAUUUUAAAUCUUAAAAUUGUUAAUUCACUUUUUUUUCUCUAGAGCAUAAUCAACAUGGCUUUUUUGAUCACACCUUUGUUUUUACAAUUGAUGACUUGAGUUAGUAAAAGUCUUCGGCUCCACCAAACUGUUGUGUUAUAUGCUCAGUAAGGAUGAAACAUAGAUUCUUCUGUGUCUGAGUGAAUUGUGCAUAAAUUAGAAUGCUAUAUAAAAGAGGGUAUAUUUAAUAGAAGUUAAAUUGAUAUUAAAGGAAGACUCUUUUUUGCUUGUUAACAGUAUUAAUGAUGUAUAGAGGUGCAUUACCAGCAAUGGCCUUAGAACAUGAAAGUGCUUAAGUCUUCAAGUGGUUUUCAUACGUCUGUCCCAGGACUUCUCACCACAAAUUCUAAGUCCUAUUUUGAUUAACUUUUAAUACACUACAUAUCUGGUAAUUCUUUACCCUAGGAACUUUGUUUCUGACAAAUACCCUGAGUGAUGGAGUUAAAAGAUACUAAGUGCCAAUUUACUUUUAUAAAUUGAUUAUCUUACAUCAUUUGAUCUUUUGUAGAACUAAAAAACCAGGUUAACUUGUUUAUAGCAUCAUUUUUUACUGGAGCUAGAGAUGGCUAUUGUGGUGAAGAAUUUUUUCCUUCAGAAAAGCAAUGGACAGACAAGGCAGAUACAUUGUUUAAGAUAAACAGGAUCCUGUGUUUUCUUUGUGAGUCUGUAAAGACCACGUGGUUGAGUUACAGGUGGAUCUUAAAUGUGUUGUUUAGGAUUUUUAACUAUUAAGAAUAUACAUUGUAGGCCGCUGCCUCGCGCAUAGACCCCAGGCGGCGGCCUCACACUGUGGGAGGGCUGGGGAGGGCGCCGAAGGGGGACGCCCCGGCCUCAGGGCCACAUUUGUCGUUUUUUCCUCGUUGUCACGAAUGCCGUCCGCCCGGGUGGCGCCCCCCGACCGGCCGAUGAGUGGCAACGAGGACCAGGAGAUGGAACUAGGAGCAUUACGUUCAAUUUAUGAAGGAGAUGAAACUUUCCGGGAAUUAAGUCCAGUUUCGUUUCAGUGCAGGAUAGGUGAAAAUGGUGAUCCCAAAGCCUUCUUAAUAGAGAUUUCCUGGACAGAAACAUAUCCCCAGACACCUCCAGUCCUUUCUAUGAAUGCUUUUUUUAACAACACCAUAUCAUCAACUGUAAAGCAGAGUAUAUUAGCCAAAUUACAGGAGGCAGUGGAAGUUAACCUCGGGACCGCCAUGACUUACACUUUGUUUGAAUAUGCCAAGGACAAUAAAGAGCAGUUCAUGGAGAAUCACCAUCCCAUUAAUUCUGUGACACCCAUAAGCAAUAUCGUCUCAGUUGAAACUCCUAACAGAGCCCCGUCAAGUAAGAAAAAAGACAAGAAAGAACAACUUUCAAAAGCCCAGAAACGUAAGCUGGCAGACAAAACAGAUCAUAAAGGAGAACUUCCUCGAGGAUGGAACUGGGUUGAUGUGGUAAAACAUUUAAGCAAAACUGGCUCAAAAGAUGAUGAAUAGUGCUUGGAGUUUGAUACAAUGCGAGAACAUCCUUCAAAAAGUAACCUGGUUCAAAAUCUUUCAUUACUUUCACUUUCUUCUAUUGAGGUGGCUUUUUAUAAAACAGAAUUUUUUUGUAUGUUUCUUACAUAAAAAAUGUUUGAAGCUGAAAGUUCAUUAAGAGUUCUGGUCAUAUUAAAUUAUUUUUACAAACGUGCCUUAAUAAAAGGUGAAAAUGUUACUGUUCAGUAUACUUUAUGAAGCAGUUGAACUUUGUAAAUGGACAAACAUUGAGAAUAAUAAAUAAUCAGUGUUAAUUUAUAUGAUCUUA